ACCUUUGUUUUGUACAGAAGAAUGGCUGCCAUCUUUAGUUUUCGAUGGAUGUUUUCCAAAGAUCUCGCGAAUUCUUAUUAUUAUUGCGAUAUUUAAUAACGUGAUUUUAUCAAAAACAGUGCAAUAACGUCAUCCGCGAUGCAAUAAGUGUUUUGACGUUGUUUAUUCAAGCUGCCCUGGUACCAGUUUCGUUAAAAAAUGCUUGUGUUUACAUCUCAGUUUGAAACGAGCUUGUAUAUUCCUGUCAUAUUAAGGUGAGAACAAUUCCAUAGGAGACUAAAGUGUCAUCGCUCUGAUUGUCGAUGGCUGGUUAUGGGUAACGCGGAUAAUGCAAACGCAUGGAAACCCGGAUCAUUCGUGCAAAAUGAUUCUCUCAACAAUCUCAGCAUCUCUCAGUUCUCAAUGUGCAAGAAAAUCUGGUCCAGUGACCAGUGGAGAGGUCCCAUGAUAGUCAGUUAGUAGUGCUCGCGCACGCGCUGCGCAGAAGAUCACAAGCAAACACAACGAUACCUGUGGUAACCUUGGAGCUUAUGGUACAGGAUCCUCAAAUAGUUUUUUCAAAGAAAAAGAAAAAAAAAGAAAAAAAACGUGAGUGGAGAGUUAUUUGAAAAAAAAAAAUCGCUAAAGCCAUUUACAAGAUAUUUUUAUUCAACGGAUUUGUAAGGCCUUCAAAACGUCGACUCCAUCAGUGAUCAAGUUAACCGGGGGAGGAUCAGGUGGAGGUGGGGAGAAAUCAUCCCCAGGUCCAGGUCCACCUCCCCCAACAAUUCAAACUGAAACUGAAAAUCGUUCCAGUGAUAAUAAUGGAUCCGAAAGAAUUGAUCACGCGGAAUCGAAUGCAGAAGCCACCAUGAGUUUUGUAUUUCAGUUAGGUUCUGUAAAUAAUGCUGAAGAAGUUGAGAAUAAUAAUCCUCUAUUGGCAACUACAGAAAUAAACACCCCCCCAUUAACAAUUGAAACAUCUCUUCCAAAAUCUGUGAUCGCUGGGGCCAAGUCUCAAAAUGUACAGAACCUGAAGUCCGUCAAUUCAUCUGUAGUCUCCAUUUCUUCAGCAAAUCCGUCGGCUGUGAAACCUAUUACUGUUACCUAUCCAAUGAAUAAAAAUUCAAAACAAACGGAGAAAAUCAGCUCACAAACAAAUACGACUCAGGUUCUGACGACACGUGUCAUUUCACAAAAAGUCACGUCCAAUUAUCAGUUGCAUUCACUUCCAAUUAAUACCACUUCCCAACUAAAGCAACCGUCAUCUUCUAUUGGAAGCUCUCUUUCAAACACUCCAAUACAAAUGUCGAAUUCAGGUCAGCCAGUUAAAGUUCAAGUUACCUCUGAUAUAACCAUCAACAAACAAUCACCACCAAUUCAAUCCGUUGCCGCUGGACAAUUAAAACUCCAACAAAUUACCGUUCAAUCGGUUAAUAAUUCACCGAUUCAAAAUAUUCCCAAUAAUUCUAAUUCGACAAUUCAGAGGAUACAAAACAAGGGACAAAUAGUCAAUCAGAAUGCAAGUCAACAGCAAACUCUAAAUCAAUCGAGCAAUCAGCAACAGCAGAUUCAUCAACAGAAUUUGAAUCAACAGUCGACUACAAAUAAACCCAAAAUUAUUAGUAACGUCUGUCAAAAUCCUCCAAUUCAACGAAACGCCAUCACAAGAAUGCAAACAAUGGUGAAAUCGCAAAAUCCUCAAAUUACCAUGAAUCAAGUUAUGAACAACGCAAAUAUGCAGCGAGUGCAAAUUAAUCCAAAUGUUCCAAAAGCUCAGGCACCAAAUGCUCAAAAAGUGCCACCGAAUUUCAACAACCAAAAACCAUUACCCCAGGGUAUGAAUAAUUUGAAUCCUAAUCAUAAAAUUCAACAGCAACAACAACAACAACAACAAAUCAAUCAGCAAGUUGUUCAUAAGGUGCAAGCAUCACCAAAAACAACAGUUAAACAACCGCAAACAGUUAUAAAUAAUGCUCAAAAAUCUGUAACAAUGCAAAAACAAGUUGUCCAACCACAAGGACAACAGGUAAUUCAACAAAAUCAGAAAUUACAAACACAACAGCAAAGGCCAACAGUUGUUGGUAAUUUACACAAAUCACAAACACUUGUGAAUGUCAAUUCAAAUCGAAAUCAAACAACAGUUUCGAAAAGCAAUAGUGUACCAAAUAUAAUGAAAGUUCAGCAAAAUUCCAAUAUUUUAACGACUACUGCUAAAGGUGGUAUUACACAAUCACAGGUUAAUGUACAGCCCACAUCACAUUUACAACAGCAAUUGUUACAUCCGAAUCUCCAUCAACAAAUGCAACAAAUUCAAAUGCAAAAUCAACAUGGCCAACAAUUGCAAAAUCAAUUACAAAAUCCACAAUUAUAUCAAGUUCAACAAAUUCAAAAUCCACAGAUUAAUCAACAAUUUCCCCAACAGCAAAUAAUGUUACAAAAACAAGCUCAAGUUCCAAAAAGUCAAAAUAUACCGACUAUGCAUCAAAAAGGAGGAGCGACUAUAACACCAGUUCCUAAUAAUCAAAAGCCGGGAAAUUUGAAUUUAAAGGUACAACAGCAGCAACAGCAACAACAACAGCAGCAGCAGCAAAUGGUUCUUCGUAUGGCAACACAAAAGAAUCAACAACAAAAUAUUCAUGGAAAUGUUAAAUUAACUCAAAAAGUGACAAACAUUGUAAAAACACCGAGUCAACAAAAUUCCAUGCCACCAUUUCAGCGAAAUGUGAAUUUUCAACCUGUGAAAGUUGUGCAACAAACGCAAAAUGUAAUUUUUCCACAGAAUGCACAAAAACAACCGGGUUGUAUUAAAACAAUUCCACCACAAAAGCCAGGACCGAAGAAUAAUUCAACAAAGGGAAUGGUGAAAACUUCAAUGAAUACAAAUAUGACAUCAUUGAAGGGACAAAAUGUGACUCAAAAUUUAGUGCAAAAAUCGACUAUUAAAACGAUAAUGCCACAACAACCAGGUGGGCCAAGUAUGUUGGUACAAAAGGGUCAAGUUCCAAAGGUGCAGCAGCAGCAACAACAACAACAACAACAGCAGCAGCAACCUGUUCAACAGAAACCAGUUCCAAUGCAUUUUCCACAGCAAGUGAAACAACAAAUUGGUCAAGUUAAAACAUUGCUUCCUGUUACUUCCAACGAACCUCGAAGGGAUACGGAAAUAAAAAAUGAAGCUGUUAUUACUGAACCGAAGGAAAAUGAUUCUCAAAAUCGAGCUCAGUCUCCAUCGAGAAGAAUGCCGUUACCUUACGAGGUGUGUUUGCAGUUUGUUCUGCAAGACCACAAUUAUGGUGCUCCACCGCCUAGAACACCACCACCCCAAUCGCCGCCUCCACAUCCUAAACAACAGCCUGUUAAUGGGGCCAGCUGUUCUGCAGUUGUUACUCAAAAUUCUUUCAUUUAUGGUCCAGCCACACAAACAACGACUGUUGAGGAUGAUGCCCAAAGUGCUAUCAGCAGUGAACAGGGACGCGAGGCCGAACCCGAAGGUGAAGAAACAGAAACUGCACCUGAAGGCGAAGGCGAUGAUGAAGACAGCAUUACUCGUUGCAUUUGCGAUUUUGAACACGACGACGGAUACAUGAUAUGUUGCGAUCGUUGUUUAGUUUGGCAACAUGUCGAUUGCAUGGGUAUUGAUCGAUCAAAUAUUCCCGAUGAAUAUCUCUGUGAAAUUUGUCGACCACGUCGUGUCGAUCGACAAAGAGCGCGUGCACUUCAAAUGCGUAAACGUGAGGAACUCUUAAAUUCCGAUACAACAUCCGAUUCAUCGUCAACAACAUCAGUUGAUACAGACGUUGGAACAACAAAUGCAAAUCCAAAAAAACGCUCUCUUCCACAACAUACACCACGACGAAAAUCAGAUCCCCCUCAAGUUAGACGAUUGAAUAAUAACAAUAACAAUACUGUUAAGAGACAAAGACGUGAAACACAUCCACGACAGCCAAGUACCGUGCGUCAGAAAAAAGAAACAGUGAAACGCGUUCCUGGUAAACGAAAAACAAAACGAAGAAUGAGCAUGGAGGAUAAAGAAGAUGAAGCUCAAGAUUCGUGGGGCUCAAAUAUGGCACCUCUACGACAAUGGAUCGAAAGAUAUGAAGAAGCAGUGACAAAUCAUUAUAGUCCUGAACUUCGUGCUCGUAUAUCCAGCAUUAAAAUUAAUGGCACUCACAAUGAUCUCAGACAGAGUAAUAUUAAUAUUGCCGCAACUGGAAAAUGUCGAUUAAAUGUACACAGUAAUAGUUUGAGGUUUUUAGUUGCAACAAUGUUUCUUCCAUCAAAUACACCUGUACUUGAAUUACGUGGGAAAUAUAUGUUAAGUACUCAACAUAGGCCAUCACAUCCACAGGGUCGACAGCACGCACAACGUCCGGGUCCAUUUGUAUUUUUCUAUCGUUUACCACGUGAUGGAACGGAAGUUUGUGUUGACACAAGAACAUACGGUAAUGAUGCACGUUUUGUUCGACGCAGUUGUAAGCCAAAUGCUGAAGUUAAACAUUGUAUAGAAAAAGGAACUUUGCAUUUAUAUAUCGUCACAACAACGGCAAUUGACAAGAAUGCCGAAAUAACAAUUCGACACGAGCAACAUGAUUUAUUGCUAUCGCCGAAUUCUAAUUCUCAAUUAAUGUCACUUAUUUGUGCGUGCAAUAAUCCCAAAGAGUGUCAAAUUAAUGCCACUGUUCCCCAGACGGCAAAGAAGAGCACCAAUGGAGCGAUUGGCGAAAAUGCAGAAAGUGGAAGAGAAAAGAGAAGACGAGGAAGACGAACUACUGUCUGCGAGGAGAGUGAAACGGUUCCAACAGUUUCGAACCCUGGAAUCGUACAACAACAGCAGCAGCAACAACCGCAACUUCAACAGCUUCAUCAACAACAACAACAGCAACAACAUCAUCAUCAACAGCAGCAGCAGCAACCACAACUACAACAGCAACCGGCACCUUUACCACCGCCACCAGCUCCUACAGUUCCAACUCCAGUUGUAACGCCACCGGCACCAAUUGUAACGCCAGCGGCUCCGAAACGAAGCGCCUCAACUGGUAGCAAUAGCGGAACAACGACUCGUCAAGCAGCUAAAGAUGAAUCCCAGCAAUCACAAACAUCGUUCACAUCAAUUGCGUCAUCGCCAUUACCAACACCCGAGAAAGAAAAGAAGGACAAGAAAAAAAUGACUCGCGAAGAACGAAAAAUGGAAGCAAUUAUGAAGGCUUUCGAAAGAAUGGAAAAAGCCCAAGCGAGAAAACAAGAAGUUUUAGCGAGAAAUGCUCAACGUAAAGAAUCCGGUGGUACACACAGUGAUAAUGACGAUAAUCCAAGUAUUUCACAAGUAAAACAAAUAAAAUCAACAACAAUCUCCUCCACAUCAUUGAUUGAAAAACCCAUGAGACGAAAACGACGAAAGGGUCGAGCGCGAACAACAAGUUCAUCACAUUCACAAAGUGGUAAUCGUCGAUCAAGAUUAAAUUCCGCCGAUUCUGAUUUAUCAUCAGGCGAUGAAAGUACAUCAAUUCAAUCGCCACCAUUAUCGAGUCAAAAUUGUCUAAACACACCCUAUUCAAGUCGCAUUCACACGCCGACAAAAGAAAAUAUCAACAACGAAACGGGCAAUCAGGGAAUAUCAACAGCCGCUGGUUUAUUACUCGCCUUGGCAAAUUCUAAUGUUCAGGGUCCAAGUUCACCGCCAUUGAAUCAACCAACACCAGUCAAGAGUCCAACGUGUGAUAGUGGUGCAAGUAGCAGUUCACAAAGUUCAACGCCGUCCACUCCAUUGUCAUCGGCAUGUCUCCUCGUGGCCGCUGCUGUUGGUCCACUUGCACCUGGUUUCAAAUUUCCCAAAACAAAAAAAGUUCUUAUGAACGAAUGGCUCAAGGAAUCACCUGAUCCAGUUCAAGUGCAUCAUCCACAAGUCGCGUCACCCGAUUUACGAAAUAUGAUUACAAAUACACCACACAGUACUCCACUCAAUGUUAUGGAAAAGUCACCCGACUUUCUCUCGCCAAUUGAUCCAUCGACGGAAUUUUUGACUCAAACUUAUGCGGCCAAAGGAUUGGCAACAUUGGUCCAAGCUGUUAAUUCCGUGUCAGGAAUUUGUGAAUCUCCACCACAGAGACGACAAUCCCUCACUUCGAUGAAUCAACAACAAUCAUGUCCCGUCUCUAGUGGUUCGGCGAAAAAACGAUGGUUAAGACAAGCCAUUUCCGAGGAGUGUGAUUCGCCAAAUAGCCGACCCGAGAGUCCACCUAGUGAAAUGGUUGUGGCACCACCGAAAAAACGACGAAUCGCACGGGAAAGUUUGUCAUCUGACAAUUACACACCACCGACAACGCCAACUCUAUUGAUGCCAGAACCUGUUCAUGUCAGGACGAUGUCACACGAGGACGAGUUUGUUGAUCGUUUAAAUUCACCAACAUUGGAUGAAUCGAGAAUAUCGCAAGAUUAUGAUUCUGAACCAUUAAAGGAUUAUAUAACAACACAACAAACUGCAUCAUAUGAAACGGAAUCUAAAUUGAAAAUUGACAAUUCAAUGUCGCCAAUUUUACCAAUAAAAAAUGAAGUGAAUAUUGAAGAAAAAAUUAAAUUUGAAUUAAUUGCAACAAAAACGGAGGCAGUUAUUAAUGAUAUUUUGAAAUCUGAAAAAUUAGAAAUCGAUGAUGUUUGUAAAUCCGAAGCACCAAUGGAUGUAUCGGAUUCUAAAAGUGAAUCAUUUGAAAUGAAAUGUGAAACUCCGGAACUUGAGAAAAUUAUUCAUGAAAAUGAGAAAAAUCAUCAAGAUAAUGUUAAUAAAUCGGAUGUUGAUAUGGAAAAUCAAAAUAAUGAUGAUGAUAUUGAGACAGAUGAAUUUAGUUCACCAACUAUUGUAAUAAGAGAAUCGGAGGCAAUUUUAAAACAACGUGUUGCCAAUAUACGUCUUGAAUUUAAUAGUAGUAAUGUAACACAAAAAAUUGAUGAUACUAAAUGUGAAGUUGAGAAAAUGGAUGAUAAAUCAGAUGUUGAAUUUGAUUUUGAUGAAUUUGAUGUUGAGGCGCAAAUGAAGAAAAUUACCGGCGAUGAUGGUGAUGAUUAUAAAGAAAAAGUCGAUACAUCAUCGGAAAAAGAUAAAAGUAUGGAUGGACUCGAGGGACUUAUGGAUAGUUCCAAAGAGGAUUCUGAUUCAGAUGAAAAAGAUGUUGAGGAUUUCAAGAAGUCUCCUAAGCAGGAGACAGUCGAGGAAAGAGCUUUCAAGGAAUUGGAAUUAACAUGUAAUACUGCGGAAUUUAGCGAAGAAAUUAAAGAACCAAAAGCGAAAAGUCCAAUACGAGAAAUUGAAAAACCCGAGCCAAAACCAGUUGAAGAAUUGAAAGUCGAUGUAAUUUUGCCAAAAAUUGAGGAAGUUGUGGAGCAAAAAGUAUUUCCGUCAAUGUUGCCGUUGAGUGAGAGAAUUCGUAAAAAACCUGAACCAACACCAAUGCCAAAAUCACAUUUAGACAUUGAAGCAGCAAUUAUUGAAUCGUCAAUUGAAAUGGAGGCAAAAUUAAUAAAUAAUGGCGAAGAUAAAUCGUCAAUGUUAUCGACUGCUUUACGGGAAUUGUUAGAGGCUCAAAUUGAUGAAGAACCAAUGGAAACCGUUGUAAAGACGGAAAAUUUGGAAAAAUCGGAUAAAUUGGAAGAAGAAUUCUCACCUAUUUUAGAAAUGAAUCAAGAUAAACCCGUGGUGGAGGAAGAAAAUUUACAAGUUACAAUGGAAACUUCAGUAAUAUCAUCAGUAGUAGUUAAUCAAGAUAUUUCAGUAGAUAAUCAAGAUAAUUCAACUGAGGUUAUUAUUACGCCCGUUAAAAUUGCAUCACCACCGAGAGAAGUUGGAUUGAAGGAUCCAAGAUUAAAAGAUCCAAGAACUUGUGGACCUAAAGAUUCAUCAAAAAUGGAAACACCCGUCAAGCGCAAGGUUAGAAUGCUAUCGAUAUCAGAGUACAGAAAACGAAAACAACAAUCAACUGGAACUCCACCUGAACCGGAAUCGUCGAAUGAUCCAUCUUCGGAUAAAGUUACUGCACGUGGCAGAUCUGAUAGUGCUAGCAGUGGAACCUCAUCCCUAAGUUCCGAUGAAGAAAGUUCGAAAGUUCCCCUUGACUUGCCCGGUUUAUCAACACUGCCACUCUUCACAAAUAUCGACGGCGACGAGAAGAAAGGUACCGAAGAGGGGAAAAUUGGUUGGUCGGCUGCGCCCACUUUGGUUGAACGUCAACGUGAAAAUCUCACCGAAAGGCUAAAGAGAGAAUUUGGACUGUUUCUCAGUGAUGACGAGGAGGAAAGAGCACGAAAGCAAGGUUUGAAUGCAGAAGCGAUAUUGAAGGCCAGGAAAGAACAACCACCACCACCACCGCCAACUCAACCUUAUCCAACGACAGUAACAACAAAUACAACGUCAUAUCCAAUUCAACAACUACCACCACAACCAUAUAUUCCACCACCAGGUUCGGCAUCUAUUCACUAUUCUCAAUUUCCCACGAAACCAUCGACAAUUCAAUAUCAAAAUUUUACCCCACAAUCGCAAACAAUUGGUCCAACAGCGAGCUGUCAUAAUGUUGAGGCAAAUCAAUUAACAACUGCAGCGACAACAACAACAACAACAACGCAACAACCGCAACAAUUUUUAAUUCCACAAGCGCCACCUGGAUCAAAUCCAUAUCCACCUCAAUAUGUGCCGCAAAUAACAACAAUUGCAACAUCAAAUUAUCCAUUGGGAACGCCAACGCCAGUACCAGCGCCAGUUCCAAUGCCCGUUCCAAUGCCAGUGUCGAUACCCGUUGUUCCAUUACCUGUACCACCGGUUUUUAAUACACCACCACCUCCACCACCGUCAUCAUCAUCCUCAUCAUCAGCAUCAGCAUCAACGACCCAAAAAUCGUUUUUCAAUCAACCAGCACCGAGAUCGUAACUCUUAUUAACAUAUAGCUUUAUUCUAAAUUAAUUACUUUAUUUUUCUUUUUUAUUUUUUUAAUUGUGUUAUUCGAAAUCCAUACCAUUUACAAAAGUCCUAGACUUUUCAAAAAACUAAAAUAUUCUCUAUUUCUAGUACAGUUUAUAAAACUUAGAACUUCUCUUUAAAUCCUGUACUAGAUGUGUACGACCGAAGAAAGUACAAUUGUAUAUUUAAUCGAAAGAUCUCAAGCUUCCAUCAUUAAUCGAAAGAGAAUCGUUCUAAUUUUUGAUAGAGAAAGAGAGAGAGAGAGAAAAUGAAGGUUAAAAAAAAUUCUCCGGCCUAAAUAAAAAGGCAUGAAAAGCAAAAAAAAAAAAAAAAAGAAUAAAAGAUAUAUUUCUCAUUCCAGUGAAGAGUGUGUUGUGAUUGAGGUCGUAAUAUUCACGACCAAAAUAAAGUGCGUCCUCGGGUAUCGUGCACUUUUUAUGUUCACAAAUGUAUAAUAUUGAAUUUUCUCUCAAAUUAUACAUUUGUGUACUAUUGUUUAUACACACAUAUAUAAUAUAAUAUAUAUAUAUAUGGUGCCCUAUUACAUUAAAAAGUAUAUAGAAUUAAUUCCAUUUUUUGAUAAAAAAUGAUAGCAUGAAUUUUUAGUAUCGAGAAUCAAUGAGAUCAAUCAUGGAUUUUUGAUCUCUGUGUUUAAUAUUAAUAUCUAAUGUGCACACCUGAGAAUUGCACUGUCCAUCUUUAUCUGUAUAUAUUUCUUUGCAUAAUGCAUAAUAUGAUAUAAUAAUAUUAAUAUUAAGAAUAAUUAAUAAAUAUAAAGUUAUAUAUGUAAUCAUAGAUUCGACAGAUAAAAUAUAGAUCUAUAAACGACAAGUAGAUAAAAAAUAAAAAUAGAGGCGCUCUGCUUUUCACUGUUUUUAAAUGUUUGCAGAAUUGUGUCCCCAUCCCCCAUAAUUCUCUAAAAUAAAAAAAUUUUAUAUUUUUCAAUUGUAAGAUGCCCCACUAAUUUAAUUGUAAUAAAUGUAAUAUUUCAAUUAAA